AUGUUGGCUAGCGGCCAAAUUCGCUUUCUUUUCCUAUUGCCUCUGGCAGCGAUUUGCGUAGCAGCGGAGCCGAGCCUUUUGGAUAGUACCGCAAGGGAUGCCUUGCUGCUUCCUCGUUCGAUCCCCGAUAGGGUGAGUGUGCGAGCCAGAAAAGCUGGGAGCUAGGCGACGAAUAUCUGAAGGCCCUGUUCCUCUCAUUUAGCCUAGAUACUUCCGACGUGGACUUGGUAGUCUUCUGAAAAAGGUACGCUCUUGCGGUACACUCUCGUAGUGGGCCAAUCGUAGUCCGAAUGCUAAUACAUGAUGCGCCCAUGCUCUCUUUUCCUCGCAUGCCGUGCUGCUCAGUUUAGUUGCUUUGGCUUCUGUAGAUCCUCAUCAACAUCCCCAGUGGCGACUCCGAUCCGUUCGAUUCAGCCGCAGUCUCAAAGCAUCGUUGGUACAAACAUGUUUAACCAGAUGGAAAGGCAGAAUCCACACUAUACGAAUCCCAACUACCUGGGCGACAAUCGUCUGCCUCCAGGAACUAUCCUCUCGCCGACUAGGCACCUGAGGAACGCCGAGCCACGUCCGCUAGUGCCUGCUGAUCCACGGCUCAAUGCGCGUCACGUUGCUGAUGCUGGUCAGAUCGUACGCCAGCUCGCGUCGAGAGGUUUUGGCUCGGGUUUUCUGAAGAAGGUGCGUGGCACGCUUUUCGAAAGCGACGCUGGGCGGAGACCAUUCGCUACAAGAGUCACUUACCGCUUCCCGUGUAUAUACAGCUCACGUGCAUUGGGCAAGGGUGCCAUGGGAUCGAAGCCGCUGAAUCCGCAGGACAGCACAGCGUGUCGCAACAUCACACCGGGAUUGGAUACGGUCGCGACACUGGUCCUCUCUCGCCGCCCCGGCAUCAUGUGACAGACAUGGCGCAAGUGGACAUGCCCCUGCGCGGCACGGCAUGGCAGAACCUCUCUCCCUCCAGACAAAAAAAGAUCUUGGGCAGUAGCUCGAGCAGUGCUGCGCACCAUGCUCACACUGGUGACACCACCGCUGUCGAUCAACCGCUCGGUAGUGUGCCGUGGUUCGCUCUCUCAAAGACGAAGCAGGACCAAAUCUUGUACGCUGGUCCAAAGGGAGGCAGGACGGAGACGGGAUCAAAAGGUAGGCAUUGCCCUUAGUCGCCAGCUGAGCUACCAAGUGACGAUCUCUAGCUGCGUGGACGAGCCGAGAGAGUAACGACUGACGAUCUCCUCUGUACAAUUCGUUCACAGGUCUCAAGUCCGCUCUGAAACCUUCAGGCUCGUCUGGAGAGGGAAAAAGAGUCAGAUUCAGUCUUGACAAGGGAAAACGUGCCGACGGGCCGUCCAAAAUUGCCCGUAGCCCAACUCCUUAUCCGGAAGAAUUCCACGACCUGGUGUGA